AUGUUAGAACUGUUCCAGAGAAAACUUUAAACUGCGCGCAGAAGAAGAAGAAGGAGGAAUCCGCCAUAAAACAACACAAAGAAGAAGAAGAAGAAGGAGGAAUGUCGUUUUGUAGUUUUCUCGGUGGAGAGAAGUUUAAAGACCACUUUAAACCAGGGAUUUAUGUCUGCUCCAAGUGUGACCACCAGCUGUUCAACAGCCACUCCAAGUACGAACACUCGUCUCCGUGGCCGGCCUUCACAGAGACCGUCCAGGAGGACAGUGUGUCCAAACAUGAGGAGAGACCUGGGGCGUAUAAGGUGCGAUGUGGGAAAUGUGGAAAUGGAUUAGGUCAUGAGUUUGUGAAUGACGGGCCGGCCAAAGGACUAUCUCGCUUCUGAAUAUUCAGCAGCUCACUGAAGUUCAUCCCUAAAGAUAAGGUUGAUGGACAGUAAGGUGAGCCGUUAGAGGGAAUCGCUGCUUGGAGUUUCUCUGCGCGGCUGAAGGUGUGAACAGUGGAUGAAGAGUUCUGGGAUAAAGCCCGAUCUGGGAGCACCAGAGCUCUGAUGAAUGAUGAACACACCGGACAGCAGCGACAGACGAAUCGACGCUUUUUUACUAUGCAAUCAUCGACAUCUCAGGAUAGCCUCACUGAUUACACAAUCACUUUAUCGCCCACAUUAACCCUUUGAUACACAACAUGGGUCCAAAAUGACCCUCAUUCAUUCCCUUCAUGUUAUUUAAUGCUGCUGUGUGUUUCUGUGCUCUAUCUUUUGACAUCAACUUAUUUUAGGAUUGAAUAUUCCAAGUAUUCUUUAAAUAUUUUGUUUUUGAUAACAACAGAUCAUUAUUUCCAUUUUUCCUCUCAUACUUUAUGAAGAAAAACAGUUUUUGUGUUAUUACAUAGCUAACUACUUGGUUAAGUAGCUUGAUAAGCUAACUAUUCAGCCAAGAAGUUAGCUAAGUAGUUAGCUUAGCAAGCUACUUAGCUAAAUACUUAGCCAAGAAGUUAGCUAAGUAGUUAGCUUAGCAAGCUACUCAGCUAAAUACUUAGCCAAGAAAUUAGCUAAGUAGUUGGGCUUAGCAAGCUACUUAGCUAAAUACUUAACCAAGAAGUUAGCUAAGUAGUUAGCUUAGCAAGCUACUCAGCUAAAUACUUAGCCAAGAAAUUAGCUAAGUAGUUAGCUUAGCAAGCUACUUAGCUAAAUACUUAGCCAAGAAGUUAGCUUAGACAGCUACUUAGCUAAAAAAUGGAUAUGGGUCAUUUUUGACCCAUGUUUUGCAUUAGAAGAGUAGUGACACAAAAAGUGAUUUUAUUAAAAAAUGAAUAAAAGAAAACAUAAAAAUUAGGAUGUAUGAUGAUCAAAAACAAACCAAUUGAGGAAAAC